CAGAGGCCGCGAAACAAAGUGCGCAAUCUCUUGCUGCUCCUGAUAUUGAUGUCGCGGGUUCAAAAGACACACAAGCUGCUCAAGCAGAACAACUCGUCGGGAACCAAAAUGCACAAGAGGACGAUGAACAACUCGUCGAGCCAACGGUUUUGCGAUUACCACCUCAUAAAUAUGUAGGCUUCGAAGAAGUGAGAGGCUACUAUGGAUUCAAAACAACGAAACAGGAGCAGCAAAACAUCAAAGAGAAUCACUCCACGAACCAUACAAAUCAGAAAACGAGCAGAACUGUCAUCGAGUUUAGUCUCAGUACAACGCUGCAAUCUAAACUUAAGGCCUGCAUUAUUGGUAAUUCAUUUUUCUUUUAGACUUUUCAUUGCGUUGGUUGUACUUGUAUCUUUUCUUAGUAUUGGUAAUUAUCAUUUUUCUUUUAGAGUUUUCAUUGCGUUGUACUUGUACCUUUAUUUCUUUAGUAACAGUUUUUUCCCACCUUGGUAAGCAUCCGUAUGUAUUAAAUCUUGAUCAUGUAGACGAGCUGCUCUAAUGAUCAAAAUUGUCGAUCAUUGAAGAAUGAUGAAGAGCCAGGAAGCAGUGGCACCAUUUCCAGUUGUUCCUCCAAGUUGCAGGAGAGCCCCCACCUUCACGAUCAAGGCGAAGAUGUUUUUUUGUCGUUCCCAUCAGCGAUUGCCGAGCAAGGUGGAAAUGAUGGCGCUUUUUGUCUCCGCGUAGAAGAUGACGACGAGACCGGUCUCUGCAGCUCCAAGGACGAUAGUUUCUGCAGCUCCCUUCUUGCUCGUUGGCAACAUACGGUCGUCCUCUCAUCACCCUUCAACGUUAAAAAUGCCAAUGCUCCUACUUCUGCCAAAC